CAGAUGGUUCAGCCCGAGCUCAUAUAAGACGCCGCGCAGCCCCGCCCUCAUCACUGCGGCGCGGAGAGGCUGAGGGGAAGGAGAUUAUUUUGUGUGAAACAAAUCCGGAACCAAUCAUGGCGACGAACGAUUACACCCAACAAGCAAGUCAAGGAUACGGGACAUACCCAUCACAGCCGGCACAGAGCUACUCACAGCAAGGCAGCCAGUCCUACAGCCAGCAGGGUUAUGGCAGCUACGGUCAGUCUGCCGGCUCUUCUUCCUAUGGUCAGGGCGGUGGAUAUAGCUCGUCCUAUGGCCAGGAGCAGAGUUCUGGUUACAGCUCCCAGUCGGCUCCACAAGGAUAUGGGGCCGGUAACUAUGGCAGCUCACAGACAUCACAGACUCCAUAUGGGGGCAGUGGUGGGCAGCCACAGCAGUCAUCUCAGUCAUCGUAUUCCAGUUACCCCCAGCAGUCCUCUGCUAGCAGCAAUUCAGGAAGCUACAGCAGCAGUUCCCAGCCAUCUUCCUACCAGCAACAACAGCAGGGAAGCAGCUAUGGUCAGCAGAGCGGCAGUGGUUAUGGUAGCAGCCAGCAGGGCAGCUAUGGAGGACAGAACCAGUCUGGCUAUGGAGGACAGCAGAGCAGUGGCAGCUACAGCAGUCAGCAGCCUAGCUCCUAUGGAGGACAGCAGUCAGGGUACAAUGCUUCUCAGGGCUAUGGCCAGCAGCAAUCUCAGUACAGCAGUGGAUCUGGUGGAUACAACCAGGACUCUCCUUCCAUGGGUGGAGGUGGAGGCUAUGGCGGCUCUGAUCAGGGAGGCUUUGGUGGACCUGACAGUAGAGGCCGAGGACGUGGAGGCUUUGGUGGGCGCGGAGGCUUUGAUAGAGGUGGCAGAGGAAGCCGUGGCGGACGAGGCGGCAUGGGCGGUGGUGAACGGGGAGGAUUCAGUAAAUUUGGUGGACCACGUGAAGGCGGCCCCCCCAGACACGACAUACCGGAGCAGGAUAACUCAGACAACAACACAAUCUUUGUACAAGGCCUCGGCGAGAAUGUGACGGUGGAGUCAGUUGCUGAUUACUUCAAGCAGAUUGGAAUAAUCAAGACAAACAAAAAGACCGGCCAGCCCAUGAUUAACCUGUACACAGAUCGGGAGACUGGCAAACUGAAAGGAGAAGCUACAGUGUCUUUCGAUGACCCACCUUCUGCUAAGGCUGCCAUUGACUGGUUUGAUGGUAAAGAGUUCUCUGGAAACCCAAUUAAAGUCUCAUUUGCCACAAGGAGAGCUGACUUCAAUAGCCGUGGCGGUGGUGCCGGUGGAAAUGGCCGGGGAAGAGGACGUGGAGCGGGCCCUAUGGGGCGGGGAGGAUUUGGUGGUCCUAAUGGUGGCGGUCCUGGCAACAACAGCCGCGGAGGUGGCGGAUACCCCAGUGGUGGUGGAGGACAGCAGAGAGCUGGUGACUGGAAGUGUCCAAACCCGACUUGUGAGAACAUGAAUUUCUCAUGGAGAAACGAGUGCAACCAGUGCAAGGCUCCAAAGCCUGAUGGACCUGGAGGGCCAGGCGGUUCCCACAUGGGUGGCGGCGGCGGUGGAGGAGGUUUUGGUGAAGACAGGAGAGGAGGUGGAGGCGGUGGUGGCCGUGGUGGCUUUGAUCGUGGUGGCUUCAGAGGGAGAGGUGGAGACAGGGGAGGAUUCCGAGGAGGCAGAGGCGGAGACCGGGGUGGUUUUGGACCAGGCAAAAUGGAUUCCAGGGGCGACCACAGACAAGACAGACGUGAUCGGCCAUACUAGCUGUAAUAUGCGCCAUUUUUACGUUUUUUUAUUUUAUAUGUAUGAUGCAUCCUAUGGAUUCACACAGAACUGUUCAAUUUCUGUACACUUUGUAUUACCUCCGCAGUGCGCUGUGAAUUUUAUCCGUCUUUGUAAAGUCCUUGCCCAUUAAAAAGAUAAACUUGUGUGUAAAUUUCCUACACGA